AUGAGUUACAACCACACGGGCAUUCCUCCUAAUAACAAAAUACCUUUCAGAACCCGAACGAAUCGGCCGAAGGACGCAUUUCUGAUGUAUCUGACGCGGGUCGAGGGAUUGGCUCAAACGUUACGACUCAGUCGAUGCACUGCCAGUAGCCAUCUGAUCGAAGCGGUUACCUCACCAUGUCUUCUUGCUGAUGAAAAUUUCAUGGCAUUGAAUUCGGAAGUGGCACCACAGCACACCUACACCAAGCUUACGUACGUCACCCAAUCGGAUUAUCACUAUUGGCAUGAACGCGAUUGGUUUGUGAUGAUCGAGUGGGCGAAAUCGAUUCCUGCAUAUCAAGAACUGCCGCUACUGGACAAGCUGGCUCUUCUACGACACUCUGCUAUCACCUAUCCAAGCCUUAUCCACACUUUUUUCUCUCCUGAUCAUGGACCUGACACUAUCGUCUUUCCAAAUGGUGCCUUUUUCGACAGGACCAGUGAGCCACAAAGACCCGUCGGGUUCAAUCGGAAGAAAUACCAAAUGCUCGAUCAGCUGCUGAAACCAAUGCGUGAAAUGCGAAUUGACCUCACCGAGUUCGCCGCCUUCAAGACGAUAUUCUUUUUGAAUCCAGGUAUGUUAACAUCUUGA